AUGGAAGGAAAGUGGUCUUCCACAGAAAUUGGUGGUGGUGGUGAUAACCUUCAGAAUGCACAACACAAAAGGAGGAAUGAUUCUGCUUCUGAUUCAUCAACAUCAAGAUGCAUCCACCAGCCUCUUAAGAACCUUGUCUCUAAUUCAUCAGUCUCCCUGGAUUUAAGUAGAAAGGAUCUCCAGUAUCUAACUGAGGAUAUAUACAAGUUAUUUAAUCUUAAACAUCUGCAUUUGGAAGGAAAUGCCCUGACUGUAAUUCCUGAGGAUUUCUUUCAGCAUCUGCCAAAGCUUGUUUGGCUAGAUCUGCGGUACAAUGAAUUUACAGAGCUUCCCCCUGGAAUUGGAUGCCAUAAGCAGUUGAAAACUCUGCUGUUAGAAAGAAAUCCUAUUAAAAGACUGCCUGUUGAACUUGGUAAUGUCAUUUCACUUACAGCCUUGAAUCUCAGACAUUGUCCACUGGAGUUUCCACCUCCUGAAGUGAUACAGAAAGGUCUUCCAGUUAUUAUAUCCUUCCUUCAAAAAUGCCGUAAUGCUGACUAUACAGAACCUGUUACACCAGACCUGCCUUCUCCACUAGAACAAGAAGCAAAGGCCAUUGUUAGAGAAUACAAGAGAAAAUGUGACCGACCGCCAGAUCGUAGGAAAGCUUUCAACGAUUUGUGGAAACAGAUAAGCUUUCUUAAAAUGGCUCCUGUUGAAAAGUUAAACUUGACAGACUUCAUGAAAUCCAGUUUGGAUUUGUCUGAUGGAUGGCCUAAUGAAGAGGAAAUGAUACGAUUUCAGAAACUUAGGGAUGAACUUAUACAAGAUGAAAGAGAAGAGUAUCUGAAUAACAAAAUGGCAGCCAAUGAAUCCAUGCCUCUACUUACAAGAACCAGGACUAACGAGCGCAUCUCUCAUAAAUCCUCCAUGGUUACAAACUGGGGCAAGAAGAGUCUGUUUCCUGCAGCUUCAUCCUAUGAUCUGGUCAUUCAGAGUAAGAGAACUGAAGAGUAUAGACUGGCAGCACUAAAGGAUAUGAAGAUGAAGCAAGCUUUGAUUGAACAGCAGAGAAAAGAUAAAGAAGUGCUUCAGAAAUGGAGAAAACAGACUAAGAUGAUGAAAGAAAAGAAAGAUAUAUUGUAUACAUUUAUACCUGACAAAGGAGACAUGGUGGUUUCACAAAAUGCACCUUAUGCUACUGAAAAUGCCAAGUAUCAUGACAAAUUAAAAGGCUGGAAAGAACCAACCAAACAAGAUGACCACAAAGAGGCGACUAUAAAUAUAAACUCAGUGAGGAUGAUGGAUGAUAUAAGAGCUGCCAAAUACAAGGAACUGGAAAACCGCAUUAAGCAGCACACAGAAAUGCUGAAAGAAAGAAGAAAAGGGUUAACAGAAAUGACACACCUAGAAGCUAUGGAGGAAGCACAUCAAGACUUUGAAACUGCUCAAAAUCUUGAGGAGGAGCUAGUCGACAUGCGAAAAGACCUUCACAAGGAAUACCGUUUUACUGCCUUCACAGGAGAUCUAUUGCCUCCAGCAGAGAAUCCACCACCAACACCUAAACCUCAAAAUAUAUUUUCAACCAUGACAUUUUAA